AUGCACCGAGGGAGGAGGAACUUACAUUGUCGGCAGAUGAUGAGCUGGGACAGGUCAACCCGGCAAUUGCUGUUUAGCCUGGCAGCGGCGGAGCUAGCACCAUCUGAGCCUCCUUUGGUCGCAGUAGCUGCAGUCAGUGAUAGCACUACUACAAGCACGCAGAAGAGCAGAAGAACUUUAAGGUCUGCCAUUGACCUGCCUCCUGAUGUAGGCUUUCAGGACUGA